AUGCUGCGCAACACUUCGGAUGAUGAGUAUUCCAUGUUAACCAUGGAUAUCCGAGAUGCAUAUUUAGAAGUUCCACAAGGGGAGCGUGUCAUAGCGAGCAUGCCAGCGGAUUACAGCCAGAAGAGUGAGUACGAAUUCGACAGGAGUGCAUUGCAUGAUUCGGAUGAUGCUUUACGGGAAGAGCCAACCACGACUACUGCUGCAAGCCUGGAGGCUGUCAAAGACAAACUUCGAGAGUUUUACAGAGAGCAGCUGUUUCUUCGGGUGAAGCCUGAAAACCGAAGGCAAGCGAGCUGGGAGAAGCAGUUGUCUGUGGUCGAGGAAGCAUUUGAACUUCGCUUGGAAAAGUUUUCGACAGUCGAAGAAGUGCUUGCAUUUGGUGGUAAGUGCUUGAAGAACGAGAACCUUCGCGAAUCUUUUACCUGGUUUGGUUUCGAGGCUGCCGAAGAGCAAUCGUUGAGCUGGGCAGCGCAAGUUGCUUUCGUGCACCUGCAGCAGGAGCACGAGAACCUGGAUCGAGACCUGUCUGUGGGGUCUAUCACUUCAGAGCCCAAUACGCCAGGACACUCUCGGGUGUUCAACAAGAAGCUGCAGUCGGCAGCAAGCCCCAUCGACCUCGAUCAGAACGAGCCAGAGUACCCCUUUCCAAAUCGCAUCUUUCACUGUUCGAACAUGGCAGAGCAACUUCCAGUUAUUGAUGACGAUGAUGAUGAUGAGCUGCAAGAGAACGGAGCAGCUUCGUCACAACAACAUGGAAAUCCAUUUUCCCCGACAAGCCAAGGUCAAGGAGCCCAGGGCGUGUACGUUUCUGUGGAUGAUUUGCGAGUGAUGAUGCAGCAGAUGACUGCUGCUACCAAGGCUGCAAGUGAUGCUGCAAUGGCGGCAGUAAGGGCCAAUUCUUCGAAGGCCUCCCUUGGUUCAAGUGAGAUGAGCCGAAUCCUGCCGCGGCCGGACACCUUCAAGCCGACAACUCGAGAGGAGGAGCACUCGCAGUGGUUGCAAUGGGUAUGGUCGCUGAAGCAAUAUGUGGUAGCGCUGGACACUGCUUAUGCCGAGGAUUUGAAGAAAAUCGAACAGUUUCCAACAGCCGAGAUUGGGUGGAUAAGUGAUCCUGAUGCUUUGCAAAGGAGCCAACGAAUGUAUGCAUUGCUUUCUGGAUUCGUUCGUGGCAGAGGUUUGCAAGUGAUCCAACGUGUUCCAUCACAAAAUGGCUAUGAGGCCCUACGACAGCUGAUGCAACUUUUCCAGCCGUCAAGCCGUGCCUGCUCGCUUGGCAUCCUCACCGCUCUCACUCAGACGCACCCGUUUCGCGCCAACGAGCCGUUCCUGGCCCAGCUGUUGGAUCUGGAGCGAGUGAUGGAGGAAUACGAGCGUUCGUCUGGCAAGAAGCUGGGAGAAGACCUCAAAACCUCGAUACUGCUCAAGAGCAUUUCUGGCGGCAUGCGGAACCACCUUUCCACUGUCUUGACUGAGACUUCCUCCUACGACGAGAUCCGAGAGGCCGCUCUUCGUUAUGAGCGCAUGCAGUUCAAGUGGAGCCCUUCAAACCUUUUCAGCACCGAGUCUUCGUAUGCGCAAAAGAAGUCCCACGACCAGGAACCGCAGCCAAUGGACAUCGGUCAAGUUAAGGGUGGUCCUAAAGGGUACAAAGGUGGCAAAGGUCCUAAGGGUCCUAAGGGUUCAAAAGGUCCAAAAGGCAAUGACAGCAAGGGCAAGUAUGGCAAGGCUGGAGGCAAAGAGUCUAAAGGUUAUUCUCAGAGCUACAACAAUGCCAAAGGCGAGAGGAAUCCAGGCAAAGGUGGCAAGGGUGAUAGGAAAGGCAAGAACAAUGCACCGAAGGGGGGCAAUCUGUCCUCCAACACUACAUGCCACAACUGUGGCCGUCCUGGCCACUAUGCAAGAGACUGCUGGCGCCCUCGUGUCAACCAGGUUGAGCAGUCCCGAGGCCAGCCUGGCCCACAGCCUUCCGGAGCUUCUGUGAGCGGCGCCUUCAUAUAG